UCCAUUCCUUCCCUAAUAAUGGAAAAGCUCCACGCUCUCUCCCUCUUCUGCCUCCUGACCUCCUCGCUCCCCGGGACGUCGGGGCAGUUCCCCUGCCCCGAUCCCGAGGACAUUUCCCCCUGCACCUGCUCGUACGACGAGGGAAGGCUGGAGAUCACGGCGGAUUGCUCCGCGGCGACGCCGGGCGAAAUCUUCUCCGCCUUCAACGACGCCACCUGGUUCUCAAAGCUCACGAAACUGAACGUGUGGAGUAACGAGGCGGUGACGGUGCUCCAGAAAGGCAUCUUCGGAGACAUCUCCUUCCAGUACAUGAACGUCUACGACGCCCCGAACCUGGUCGCCAUCCGCCCGUCGGCCCUGCUUCCCUCGAGGGAUCGGCUCGUGGAUGCGUCGUUCGGGUUCGGCCGGCUCAGGGACUUCCCCUGGCACAUCCUCCCUCAGAUGGCCGCGCUCACGCGUCUCGACUUCAACGGGAACGCGCUGACGGCGCUGCCGGCGCUGCAGAGCGACACCCUACAGUACCUCAUCCUCCGGGACAAUCGCAUCUCUUCUGUGGAAGGCGGCUGGUCCGUGCCCAACCUCAAACAUCUGGACAUGUAUGGGAAUCCCGUGUCAAAGUUGCCCGCUGGGUUUCUCUCUGGCUUCGAGAAGUUGGUGAUGUUCUACUGCUCAGACUGCAACCUCGGACCGACUCUUCAUUCCGGGUCGCUAGAAUUCAACAGUCAAGAUUUGGAUCUAUUGCUCUUGGAUGGAAACAACAUCGUGACCGUGGAGGCCGGAGCCUUCUCAGGUCUCACGGCGAACAGUCACAUAAUCCUGCUCGAUAACCUGAUCACCGAAGUGACGGAGGAGGUCUUCCGUCCGAUGCUGGAGGUCUUCUCAUCCGGGAACGGAUACGUCUCGCUCGACAGGAAUCCCAUCCGGUGCGACUGCAGCAUGGCCUGGCUGAUGCUCGAGGCAGACCUUCUUGAGCAUACCUUUGGAUCCUGCGAGAAUGGUCUUUACUUUCACAAUCUGGAUCCGAAUGUCUUUGAAACAUUCUGCAUCAAGAUGAAUCCUCCGAUGGCAGGCGAUUAUUCCACCUGGAUUUAACGCGUUCCGGUAGAAGGAAAUGCAGUUGAUCGCGAAUAAAAGAUUCGGUCCAUCCCUUUCGUUCCGUUA